GUGAUCUGUUUCAAGCUGUCAAUGACCAUCAUUUCGUCUUGCACCAUCCUCCGGAGAUAUAUAGACUUAAUUGAGAGAUGGGUCCCUUUGGCCUUGUACUCCUCCUUAUUUUCCCAACCAUUUUGAUUCCAUGCCUUCACGGUGUUUUGUCUGUCGACUGAGACGAAAGGGAUGUGUCCAAGACCCAAACCUUGACUCCUGUGAUGCAUGUCAACGCAUGCACAUUGAGUGUAUGCCUUGCACAAUGAAGAUUCCCAAUGUGAUCAGAGUGCGUUUUUGCCAUCGUGGCAGUAUGAUGAACGAAGGGAUAACAUCCCUAUAGACAUCGACCAGAGCUCGGGAGUGUCUGGAGGAGA